AUGAAGAUCAAGAAACAGGCUACAUCGCGACAUGAGUCGACUCUGUCGCCGAUGAUAGCAGACUUCGUCAAGGCAACCGAGUCAAUACCGCUAUUCCAGCUGCCCGCACAUCUCGCCUCCUUCCCUAGGCACUGGCCCUUUCCCCGCGGUGACGCAUAUCACUGGAUCCCCGCCCUCAACCGCUUCGACCACAUCCUCGAGCUGUUCAAUAAGGAGUAUGGCCUGGCAGACGGACCGCAGACGCAGUCCUUCCAGCGCCGACUACUGCUCAAGGGCGAUGUCGAGGAAGGAAGCACCAGCUCGGAGCAGACUACAACCGAUGCUGUCCUGGAUACCCUGCACGUAUCACAGGAUGGCGAUCGCGAGCUGAUCGAGCAGAUCCUCAACUUCACGCGCAUGCUCUUGGAGAACUGCGGCAAUCGUAGUCUGUACUCUAGCAGCGAGCGCUUGGACAAGCUACUAAACACGACUUCCACAUCUCUUCUCAAAGCUACGCUUCGUCUAGGUCAUCGACUCGCUCAGCGCUACGCCGCCGCACGCAUGCGCCUGGCUCCGGCCACCCUCCACCCAUCUCUUCUCUCCAGCCACUACAACAUCAAUCUCGACAAGGUCCAGAAGCUGGCCAGCCCAUUCGCAAAAGGCCCCGCCACAGCAGUACCAGUGUUCGGCACACCAGCAGGCAAAGGCAAGGAGCGCGCUGGCAGCACUGAUAAGAUUAGUCCAUCUGAUCUCGUUGCCAUGUACUCCAUGUCCGAAGCAUCGAUGAAGCAGGAGUUCGGAGGCGUCCUCAUCUCGUACUAUGAACCCACUCCCUCGUCCGAAGCAGAGAGCAGCAAAUCGGCUUCCAUAGACACACCCGCACCCACAACACCGACUCCAGUGCGAAGGACGUCAAGCAUGAACCCUAACCGAACACCGCGACAGCCUCAGCCUCCGCCCGCUACCGAUUCACCGAGCACGCCAGUCUUCACACCCGGACAACCCAGUAGUACAACGAAUGGGCCCAAGACUUUCGAGCUGUCAGCCGAGAAGGUGGUCAAGACCGACAUCCACGACCUUAUUAAGGAAGGACUAGCACGUCUACCGGAAACAGCCCAAUACGAAUUCCUCCACAAGCUUCGCACCGCGAAGAUGUUUCACGAGGGACACGCAGGGCGCGACAGUGCAGUCGCCAUCCGUCUUCUAUCCAUCGCAAACAUUGGCUACGUACAUGUCGAGAAGGAGUUCAUGGCAAAGCUGGGUCAGCAAGAUGCAGAUGAGCCACGCCGGUUACAACUUGCCUACCAGCUCUCUGAGCUGGUCCAUCCGCCAGGCAACGGUGAGACUGGAAUCUCGACAGAAUUGCAGACUUACGCCAUGAGCGCUCUUGAGGCGCUCGCAAAGCACAAGUCGAAAGCGCCUGAUGUUUGUACCGCCCUCAGCGUCAACGUUAACCAUGGUGUACUUUUCUACGUUGUGCGCAAGCUCGUCGCUGGACUUGGCGAAGAGACAGGUAACCCUGAUGAUGUCGAAGAAGAUGAGUGGCGCGAUGCUUUGUUCUCUCUUCUGAACACUCUACCUACUUCUCAAACGCGCACUGGUGAGCAGAUGGUGGCCGCUGGUCUUCUGGAGAUUCUAGUCGAUGUCCUCAAGCUGCGUACCGCUAAGGCAGAACGCAACCACCCUAAGAUUCUCAACUUCCUUGACACAUUCGUCUAUAACCUGCGCGACGCCUUCUCAGCCCUUGUAGCCGCGAAGGGACUUGAAAUCAUCGCUGAUCUGAUGCAAUACGAGGUCGACACUUCUAAGAAGCUCGCAGAAGAGGACAAGGGCAUGCCCAAGGAGUACAAGACGCAGCUUACUGAUUAUCAAAUUCCGUUCUACCACCAGCAGAGUCUACGCUGGCUUUUCAAGUUCCUCAACCAUAUGAUGUCGCAUACAGGCGGAAAUUUCGAUCGCCUGAUGCGAAACUUGCUUGACUCGCAACAGCUGCUCAGCAGCUUGCGCACUGUGCUAUCCAAUGCCAAGACGUUUGGCUCAACUGUCUGGAGUAUGGCUGUCACAAUCCUCACCAGCUUCAUCAACAAUGAGCCCACUAGCUAUCAAGUCAUCGCCGAGGCGGGUCUUAGCGAUGCGUUCCUGGAGACUGUGGCUGGAGAGCCCGCUUCAGAAGCAAUCGCUGCAGCCAACGCUGAUGUGAGUGCUUCAACACCAUCGACAUAUCCUCCACGAGAAGCUGGAAAGUCACUUGCGGAGGGUAUCUUGCCUGUCGCCGAAGCCAUUUCGACUUUACCACCGGCCUUCGACGGCAUCUGCUUAGCUGAGGCUGGUAUGAAGUUAUUUCAGUCAUCAAUCGCACUUGAGCGAUUCUUUGAGAUUUUCGAGAGUCCUGCCCAUAUAAAAGCACUUGAUGCUGAUACCGAGAUGCCUACCUUGAUCGGAAACUCUUUCGAUGAGCUGGUGCGCCAUCACCCACCUCUGAAGGCACGUGUUCUUUCAUGUCUCAGCGAAUUGAUAGCGCGCGUGGUUCAACUCUGCGCCGAGAAGGCCGACAAGGAAGGUGUAGGAGCUAAGCUUUGGUCCGAGGACGCCGCUGGUAAGCUGACCGUCGCUGGCGGCCGCCAAGCCCUUUCUGGGCCACGCUCUCAGCAGAGCACAGCCCAAGCUUCGGAAUCUACAGCUACCGACGUAGAGAUGAAGGAUGCUGAUGACACUGCUAACGAACCAGUCGCUUACGACCAAAUCACUGAGACCGAAGACAGCACCAAGGGCCCUACUACCGGUCAAUACAUCCGCGUUCUGUGCCGCUUCCUCUCUGGAUUCUUCUCAAAUCACGCCAUGUGCGCUGCGUACGUCGAGCUCGAUGGUGUAGACAAGAUUCUUGACAUCUCAAGCCUUGCCUGCUUAGAUCCAAAGGCAAGUGAGUACCGCAGCAUGUGUGAGCAAUUCGGCCAUGUUGUCCAAGUACUCGUCGAGCAGAAGCCGCAUAUCGCAGUGCCAUCUCUGAUCAAACGUACACAAGCAGCCUUGGAGCACUUGCAGCCUCUCCUCGACCACACCGGCAAGCAGGCUUUCUUCGCACCUUUUACCAGUUCUGGUACUUCCCAGAACACUGAGAAUUUGCAACGAGGCACACAAUACGUCAAAGCCCUAGUUUCUGCCCAUACUCUCGUCGGAGCUAUGACCUUAACAUUCCAGAGCCAGAUGUAUACUACCCGCUCUUCGCACAAUGUGUCUAGCCAAGUCAAUCUCGCCGAUGUGUAUGCACGUCUCGUGGAUAGCCUCGGAAGAUUACAUCGAAGCUGUGUAUGGGAGGAGUUGUUACUACAGCGUAACAUGCCUACAGAAUGGGAGAAGGAGACCCGUAUCACUAGCUCAGGCUUCGGAAACGACGAAGCCGACAAUGUGUUCCGAAUUGGAAACAGUGCUACCGAAUCGCCAAGCAACGGUGACGCUGCUGCUCCUGGCUCGACCUCAGAGAACCCUGUCGCGAGCCAGAAUAGUGCGCAAUUCAAGAACACGCAGACUCUCCGCAAUCUGCUUAGCAGAAUACCUACCGAGGUUGCACCGUUCUUCCAGUCGCUUGGUAAACUCCUCUUGUUCCGCCGCAGCUUGGAGGCUUACCAGAGGCAAUGUGCUACUGUUGUGUCAGACCAACUUGCUCAGGCCGUCAUCGAUCAGCUCGAAUACGAGGGUCCGAAAGAAUCGGAGAUCAUUGAAGACCGGUAUGCGUACUGGAUUGUCAUCCUGACAUCCUUGUCGCAGCUCAUCGUUGAGCCAAACCUUGAUCGAUCACAAGCUUUGACGCUGCUACUCGUAUCUUUCCGCAACCUAGGUGGAUUCGAUGUUCUAGCGAACAUUCUCAACCAAUUCUACCAAUCGGCGCUCAAGCUUACCUUGAAGCAGAUGGACGACACCACCAGCGAGGAGACGAAGCGACUGCUCAACCUGUCGCUUGGAGGCAUCAAGAUUAUUUUGGCCUUUUACUCUCAGAUCAUUAACUUCAAGGUAAUCUCAGAGUCUCCGCAGACGUCAUCCAUGCAAACCCGGCCAGAUCGCGAUCGGGAGCGGUCUGACUAUUUCUUGACUGCACAAUUCCUCGUCGAGCUCCGGUACGCUGUGAUUGUUCCUGUCGAGAAGAUUUGGAAUUCGGAUCUCAUCGAUAAAGCAACCACGUCAAUUGUGAAGACGUCUAUCAAUAUUCUAAAAUCUGUUCUUGAGUGUGAAGGCGAGCACGGAGCGUGGAAGAGUAUCGACAAGAUUCCAAAGCGUAGCAAGCCUAUCAUCAAGCCUUGGUCUGCUAGGAAUGGAGACCACUUGCCGCGUCUGAAGGAAAACGGACACGAGGAGAGCCUGGCCGAAGAAGCCCUGUAUCGCUGCUGCGACAACUUCAACAUGGCAAAUGAGUACUGCAAGAACCAGGCCCGUCCAGGUGUUUCCAGGAACCCUAUCCCACAGUAUGAGAUUCAAGCGCGUGGCCCGCCAUCCACCUCGCCGAGCCGAGCUGAAGUGGUGGUCCCCGAGCAUCCAGAUGAUGCUAGUAUGACAUCAAGCGAAGUAACGCGGGAUGAAGAUGGGUCUGAGCAGCCGGAGACACAGUCGGUUCAGAUGGAAGACGCCGACACUUCGACUGCAGAGACAGAAGCGCCUACGUCUACUACACCUGUACCGGGUGAUCAGCCGAGUCAGGCACCUGCUGUACCGCAGGAUACUCUUGCUUAUCAAAAGCGGAUGGCUAACGGAAAUACAACACAGCUUGUUGCACUAGACAUGUUGGAUGAACAGCGAACCAAGCUCCGUGAGAGACUUGUUGAGCAAUCUCUUGACGUGCUCAACACGCACGAGGAUGUCACCUUCGAGCUUGCCGAUCUCAUCUCAGCCGCCGUUUCAAAGGCACCAGAUCCAUCCGAGAUGCGUGGGGAGAUUGGCAUGAUGCUAGUGCAGUCUCUCAUGUCACUGCAGAGUGACGACGACUUCCGAAAUCAGGGCAAGAAGAUAGCAGCUUCAGCCCAUCUUUUGGCCUUGAUACUACAAGAGAAGGAUUUCUACGAUGUCAUUGUUGAGCAGCUUAAGGAACAUUUCACUACGUUGCUGGGCUUCAUCAAAAUCUUCCCAGAUCAAUCUCCGGAAGAUUCAUCGCCUUGGAUCGGCCAGGUCUUGCUUAUCGUCGAACGACUACUAGCUGAGGAUCAACUUCCGCACCAAAUCUCAUGGACUCCGCCAACGGAAGAGUCAACAGAAGAGACCACAGUUGACGAGCUACCACAGCCGAUUGUCAGUGUCGAGGAGAAAGAUCUGCUGUUCAAUGCAAUUAUCGAAAUGCUGCCUCGCAUCGGGAAGGAUGAGUCGUUGGCUCUAUCCGUGACACGAGUACUGGCCAUGCUUACCCGCACUCGUAAGAUAGCGACCCGUCUCGCAGAGAAGCGCAACAUUCAGCGGCUGUUCCUUAUGGUCAAGCAACUUGCGGGCAUCACCAACGAAGGCCUGCGUAGCGCUUUCAUGAUUGUCCUCCGCCACAUGAUCGAAGAUGACGAGAUGAUUCGACAGAUCAUGCGUACCGAGAUUCAGCAGAUGUUUGAGUCGCGCGACCGAAGACAGACAGACACUACUGGCUACACUCGCCAGAUGUACGCGCUAGCCAUUCGUGCACCCGAGAUCUUCGUCAAAGUCACCAACGAGAAACUCCAGCUCAAGGGCUUCGAUCCCAACCAGCGACCACAAGCUCUGAUGCUCAAGAAGACUGAGCCACCUUCAACUGAAGGAGCGAGCAUCGUGGAAUCCUCGGAGGUCACUGCGGAGGCUGACAAACCAAAGGAAUCUAGCGAAGCGCCUAAGCAGCCAUUCCUCGAGCGAACAAAGACUUCGGAUCUCAAGGUUCCUGUAGUUGAGAACCCUGACGGCGUCAUCCACUACCUGCUCUGCGAGCUGCUAGCUUAUAAGGAAGCAGAGGACAAGCCUGAGGCUGCCAAGCCAAAAGAGAGCGCACCUGAAGCGCAGGCAAGCAAUGAGUCGGGCUCAGACGCCGCUACUGCCGCCCCUGCUGCUGCUUCCACUGAGGCCGCCAAACCCGAAAAACCCGUAUUCAAGGCCGAAGAGCAUCCAAUUUACAUCUACCGCUGCUUCAUCUUGAAGUGUCUCUCCGAGCUCGUACAGAGCUACAACCGCACAAAGAUUGAAUUCAUCAACUUCUCCAGGAAGGCAGACCCUUACACCGUGACACCAUCGAAGCCUCGCUCGGGCGUCCUGAACUAUCUCCUCAAUAACGUUGUUCCUAUCGGGAGCCUGAACCAUGAAGGGGACCUUGCUUUCAAGAAGAAGCUGUUGACAUCGAACUGCGCAAUCGACCUUAUCGUUUCGCUCUGCAACAAGACUGGAGAGUUUGCCCUGCCCAAGACCGAUGUGCCGAUCUCACCAUAUGUUGAGGCUGAGCCAGACUUACUCUUCGUGCGCAAGUUCGUCCUUGAGCAUGCCCUGAAGGCAUUUAAGGAUGCCAACGCUUCGGACGAGCCGCUCGACAUGAAGUACUCUCGUCUGCUAAGUAUCGCCGACAUCUUCUCCAGGAUGGUGUCGCAGCGUCCAAAUGGCGAGAUGCUUACCCAGAACGCCGAUCUGACUCCUAACCUGAAGCAGAUGGCAAAGAUCAUGUAUGAGAAGAACUUUGUCACUAUCCUCACAACGGCGAUCUCAGACAUCGACCUCAACUUCCCGAACGCUAAGCGCGUGGUUAAGUACAUCCUCAAGCCUCUAAAGUGGCUUUGUUACGUCGCCAUGGAUCUGAGUAUGCACUACGAUACCUCUUCAGCCCCAGACUCCGCCGAUGAGUACGAGAUUUCGACCGCAUCCGAUGACGAUCUCAUUGGCAACGGGCGCGAGGAGACGCCUGAUUUGUUCCGCAACUCCACACUGGGCAUGUUCGAAGCCCACGAGUCAGAAUCGGACGAAGACUCGGAAGAUGAAGAGGGUGAAGAGAUGAUGUACGAUGACCCUUACGCGGAUGAUAUGGAGUACGAUGAAGGCGAUAUUGGUGACGACGAUGUCGUUUCCGAUGACGAUGAAGAAAUCCUCGAGAUGGACAUCGAUGGCAUGGGUCCAAUUGAAGGUCUUCCUGGUGAUGUCGAUGUUGAGAUCGAACUUGACGAUGAUGGCAACGCCAUGGGCUCUGAUGAUGAUUCAGAAGAUGAUGAGGAAGACGACGAGGAUGAGGACGAUGAUGACAUGGACGAUAUGGAUGAUGAUGGUGACGAUGGCAUGGAUGAUAUGGAAGAGGCCAUGGACGCUAUGGAAGAGGUGACAGGUGAUGACGAGAACGCUAGCCUCGCCGAGGACCAAGAGGAUGACUGGAGCGACGAUCCAGACGAUUUCCCUGGUGGCCCCAACGGCGACGCUAACAUGCCGCCGGGCGCGCUGGGCUUCGUCCUUGAUCCACCUCAGCUUCUUGAGCAGAUGCGUCAGCAAGGCGGAGAUCUCGAGGAUUUCCUAGAUGACAACAUGGAAGAAGAAGGUCCGUUACUGCAUAGGAUAGAACAACAUCUUGAACCCCAACUAACCCAAUUAGAUAUGGAUGAUGAGGAAGAGGAAUAUGACGAAGAUAUUCACUACGAUCCUGGCAUGGAGGACGACGACGACGCCAUGCCGGAAAUUGCAUGGGGUGGUGGCUGGGAAGACCCUCAACCCCCUACUGUUCGACAUACCCACCGCCUCAGUCCAUGGAUGUUCCCAGCAGGUCCAGGCGAUCGCAUCCUUGUACCAGCUUACCGCUCACAUCGCCCAGGUGCUGGUCCCCGCGUCACUGACGAUGGUAUUAACCCUCUGCUUCAGCGAGGCGGUCGCUCCGCUGGACGAGAUGGCCUACCACGCAACGAAGGCAACAGCGACUGGGUUCACGCCAUCGAAGGUCGCGGUCCUCGUGUCUUUAGUCAAAAUGACAGCCCUGUCUCAUUCAUCAGCAACUUGUUGAACGCGAUGAGCUCCGGCGCUAGCGGUCCGACAUUACACCAGCAUGGUGGCGCGCUGCAUCUUUCUUUCAGCAACUCCAUGGGUAUGCCACCUUUUGAUAGUGGUAUGCGCCGUGAUAUUGCUCGCAUGCGAGAGAACUACACAUCGCGCACUGCUCGCGAAGACCCACACUCUGCGGUAGCUUUCGCCAAGGUAUACACCAGCCAGCGCUGGCAGGAAGAAGCUAGAAUUCUCUACGGCCCUGCGGCAAUCGAGAAGAGCAACCGGGUCAUCAACUCCAUCCUAAAAGUCAUGGUUCCACCCGCCAUGGAGGCAGCGAAGAAGCGUCUAGAAGAGCGCCAGGCAGAAGUCGCCCGCAAGCUUAAGGAAGAGCAAGAGGAGAAGGAGAAGCAGGAGCGUGAAGAAUGCGAGAGACGUGAGGCACAAGAAAAGGAGGAUCGCGAGCGACAGGAACGCGAAGCCGCUGAAGCCGCGAGCCGAGCUCCAGAGCAACCUGCAGAGGACGAAUCCAAGGCGGAGCCUGAGACUGCACCGGAAGCGCAAGCGAUGGAGGGCGUUGAGGCUGGAGAAUCCUCGACACAACCCGCCGCUGCUGAGUCGACCCCUGCAGAACCUGCUGGGCCACCUCCACAACGUAUCACGACCAUGAUUCGAGGUCAUGAGUACGACAUUACGGAUCUGGGUAUCGACACCGAGUAUCUGGACGCUCUUCCUGAAGAUCUACGUGAAGAAGUCUUGAUGCAGCAGGUGGCUGAGCGUAGAGCAGAACAACGGGCUGCAGCACGACGACAAGAACAAGCGCAGCAGCAGUCGCAAGCCCCGGCACAAGCACAAGCUCCUGCUGCACCCGAAGAGGCAGGAGCAGCAGGUGAAGUUCCUACAGAUAUCAACGAGGACUUCCUAGCAGCACUUCCUGCAGAUAUUCGAGCCGAGCUGCUUGCGCAAGAAGCACAAGAGCGUCGACGCCGAGAGCGCGAAGAGAAUCGCCGUCGCAACCAAGCCAACGCUGGUGCCCCUCCUCCACAAGCAGAAGAGAUGGAUCCUGCAAGCUUCUUCGCGUCACUGGACCCUAAUCUACGAGCUGCUGUGCUCAUGGAUACGGACGAAGACAUCUUGCGCCAGCUACCACCAGAAUUAUCUGCAGAAGCUCGAGCGAUGGGAGGUGAUCGUCGGUUACAUCAGUUCAACGACUUCGGCUAUAGACGAGGUGAUCGCCGUGCCCAGCCUGAUGAUCCGUCGCAGAAGAAGAAGACUCGUCCUUGUGUACAAAUGCUUGACAAAGCCGGUGUCGCGACACUUCUUAGACUCAUGUUCAUCCCACAGCAGGGAAGCGCAAAGGGUAGCCUGAGCUCCAUCUUGCGCUACGUUUGUGAGAAUCGCCAAAAUCGUGCAGAGGUCAUCAGCAUCCUGCUCAGCAUUCUUCAAGAUGGAAGUGCUGACGUAAAUGCUGUCGAGAAGAGCUUCGCGCAACUGUCAAUUCGAGCCAAGCAGCCUCAGCAACCAGCGGACAAGACCCCGAAGAUCUCCCGCAAAAACGGCGCUUUAUCAAUCAACGCUGACGUCUCUCCACUUAUGGUUGUUCAGCAAUGUCUUAACACGCUUACCCAGCUGACAGAGAAGAACCCCGCUGUCUGGCAAUUCUUCCUGACCGAACAUGAGACGGGCGUUGGAUUCAAGAACCGCGCCAAUCGCAAGGGCAAGGCUAAAGAGACCAAGGCGAAUAGGUAUCCGGUCAACGCUUUACUUACCUUGCUCGACCGCAAGCUCAUCGUUGAGAGUUCCACCAUCAUGGAGCAAUUGACGACACUGCUGAAGGUCAUCACCGCACCGCUGCAGGUUCUCAAAAAGGAGAAGGAGAAGGCUACUGAAGAGGCGAAGAAGGAGGCCGAGACAUCUGCGGAUGGCCAGGCCACCGAGAACCAGCCUGCCGAUACUGCAGCCAUAGAGGCUCGUCCUGAAGGCCAAGAUACGGAGAUGACGACCGCUUCUGAAAACGCUGCUCAGUCUGAAACCGCUACUGCUGAGGGCGAAGGUAGCAUUUCCAAGCCUGACGAGUCAAAGGCCGAAGACGACAAGACGAAGAAACACCGCACUCUCACACCGCCCGAUGUGCCUGAAGUCAACCUUCGACUUGUCGCCAAGAUUCUGGCUGCUCGGGAAUGCAAUAGUAAAGUAUUCCAGGAGACUCUCAACGUCAUCAGCAAUCUUUCGCCCAUACCUGGUGCGAAGGAGGUCUUUGGCCAAGAAUUGCUGGGGAUUGCUAAGGAUCUGGCCAGCUCAACACUCCAUGACCUUACCAGCUUGACGGUUCAAGUCUCAAAGGCAAGCUCGCCUACUGAUGUCCAAGGCAUCGCACUUGCCAAAUUCUCCCCAGCAAGCUCCGACCAAACUAAACUGCUCCGGGCCCUGACGGCACUUGACUAUCUCUUUGAUCCAUCACGUGACAGCAGGGACAAGCCUGAAUCUGCUGCAGAGGCACUCGAGCCCGCUCAAAAGGAAGAUAUCCUCUUGACCUUGUAUGAGGAUCGAGCUUUCGCGCCCCUGUGGGAGAAGCUUAGUGAGUGUCUGACGGUCAUCCGCCAGCGUGGCAACAUGCUCAAUAUCGCUACCACACUCCUUCCGCUGAUUGAGAGUCUCAUGGUUGUGUGCAAGAACACUACUCUCAAGGAGAUGCCCUUGUCUAAGAUGAUGCCCAAGGAAUUCGCCUUAUCUAGCCCACCGCCUGAAAGCAGGAUGGAGAAUCUGUUCUUCAACUUCACUGAAGAGCAUAGGAAGAUUCUCAACGAUCUUGUUCGCCAGAAUCCUAAGUUGAUGAGUGGCACAUUCUCUCUUCUCGUCAAGAAUUCCAAGGUACUGGAGUUCGACAACAAGCGUAACUACUUCAACCGAAAACUCCACUCCCGAGGCGGCGACCGACAAGCACAUCCGCCUCUGCAGCUUUCUGUCCGCCGAGACCAAGUCUUCUUGGACUCUUUCAAGUCGCUGUACUUCAAGUCAGCCGACGAGAUGAAGUUUGGCAAGCUCAGCAUCCGCUUCCACGGCGAAGAAGGUGUUGACGCUGGUGGUGUUACUCGCGAAUGGUUCCAGUCCAUCUCACGCCAGAUGUUCAACGCCGACUACGCUCUCUUCGUACCUGUUGCUUCCGAUCGCACGACAUUCCACCCCAACCGCCUCAGUUCUAUCAACCCUGAGCAUCUGAUGUUCUUCAAGUUCAUUGGUCGCAUCAUCGGUAAAGCGCUCUACGAAGGUCGCGUUCUGGACUGCCAUUUCAGCCGAGCGGUCUACAAGCAAAUCAUGGGUAAGCAGGUUAGCCUCAAGGACAUGGAGACACUUGAUCUGGAGUACUACAAGUCCCUGGAAUGGAUGAUUCAUAACGAAAUCACGGACAUUAUCACGGAAACCUUCUCAGUGGAAGUCGAGGCCUUCGGUGAGAUGCAGACUGUCGACCUCAUUGAGAACGGUCGUAACAUUCCGGUCACCGAAGACAACAAGCACGAGUACGUUCGCCUCAUCACUGAGCACCGUCUUGUCGGUGCCGUCCAAGAGCAACUUGAGAAUUUCCUCAAGGGCUUCCACGACAUCGUCCCCGCUGAACUCGUCUCCAUCUUCAGCGAACAAGAACUCGAACUUCUCAUCUCCGGUCUUCCUGACAUCAACGUGGACGACUGGAAGAACAACACCGAGUACCACAACUACACGGCCGCCUCACCACAGAUUCAAUGGUUCUGGCGCGCUGUCCGAACGUUCGAGAAGGAAGAGCAGGCCAAGCUGCUGCAAUUCGUUACUGGUACUAGCAAGGUGCCACUGAAUGGUUUCAAGGAACUCGAGGGCAUGAACGGGUUCAGCAAAUUCAACAUUCAUCGCGAUUAUGGGAGCAAGGAUCGUUUGCCGAGUAGUCAUACUUGCUUUAACCAACUUGAUCUCCCCGAGUAUGAAACUUAUGAGGAUCUGCGUAAAGCCUUGUACACCGCUAUGACGGCUGGUGGCGAGUACUUUGGAUUCGCCUAG